CCCCUUGAACGAUUGCUUGCUUUCUGUACAAACGACUUUCAACAAAGACUCGAGAAUUUGCGUUUAAUCGACUCAUCACCUUUUCCUAUUGUCGCGGACAUUUUCCUGUUCAAUACACACACAAGUAACAGCUACUACAUUCGACCAUGUUCAACCCAACAACCCUCAUCGCCGCACUCAGUCUGGCCGCCCUAGCCACCGCGCUCCCCCACGACCACUACGAGGCACACACAACAUCAAGUACGUUACCAUCACACCAUAAAAAUCCACAACCCAACAAAUCAAUGAAAGAAAUCCAACUAACCCCUUCUCCAGCAUUCGUAUACACAGGCCCCAUGUUCAACCCAACUGAGGCCCUAAACUACGGCCCCGUCAACAGCUCCUACUACCAAAACCUCACCACAUCUACAUCGUCGUCAGUGCGAUCGUCGACCACAUCUUCGCACUUCACGAUCCCUGCUAGCGAGACAAGGGGGUCUGUGAGGUCGACGGCGACGGAGACGCCAAGUGAGACCACAAGGGAGAGCGCAACGCCGACCGAGACUGUGCUUGAGGUUACGGGUACGGGGGCGGCGAGUGGUGCGAGGUAUUCGGGCUAUGUUGGUGCAGUUGCGGGUGUGGUGGCCGCUGGGUUUGCGAUGAUUUAGGGAGGGAGAUGUGAUGAUAUGCUGAGAGGAAGAGAG